ACCUAUGAGAAAGCACGUGACUCCACAGCAGGGGAGGUGAAGUGCAUUUCACUAACUAGGUAAAUACUAUGUAGUUGAUGAGAAACAGUGAAGAAAGUUUAUUUCCGCAUUCUGCACUUGUUAAACUAUAUGGAACAAUAUAAAAGCUAACACUGGAGCUUUUGUAGGUACGAAACUAUCAAACCUUGAGGGUGCAAAAUGUCAUUUAAGAAGAAAAAUUGGAGUGCUCUGUCCAGUCUGGCAAGGCAGAGAUCAAUGGAGGACGAUGAGGAAUUUGAGAAAGCUCGUCGGCGCCGGUCCCGGAUGCACACGUCAUCAACGGAUACUGAGGCUGCUGCUGAAGAGCAACAUACAUCUGAAAACAGCGGCGUGUUUAAUGAACAAGAGGAAACGUCUCCACACUCAGAAGAUGAAUCGGUUCCAUUUGCUGAAAUGCUGAAGAGGAGAGAAGAGGAUAAAAGGCGCUCUCAGCACGAGGCGUUACAAAGUUUGAAACUAGCAAAGUUUGGCUCCAAGUCCGACGGUGAAUGGGGCGGCGAAAGCAAGCAGGGGAAUGAAAACGAAAAGCAGGAAAUAAAGGAAGUGCGCACCAAGACAACAAGGAAACAGUCAGAAGACAAUUACACUAAGAAGCUUAGUGCAAGCUCUUUGAAGGAAAAUGAAAGCAACAACAAAGCCAGCAGCAGAGAGAAUCAUUCAGAUACAGGCGGCAGUAUUGGCCAUCAAUCACCUCUCAGUCCUAUCCACACUACACGCGCCUUCAUCAGCUUAGGAAAGCCCAAGGAAGUAAAAAGCCCAACAAAACUUAAAAAGCAGCUCAGUACAGAGAAUAAUGAGUGCCCUCGGGAAGAGAAUAACGGCAGGAAGAUUGAAAACGAUGUCCACAAAUCUCAGACAAAAUCAACGGAGAUCCGAAGGAAUGAAAGAGGAAGAUAUGAGAAAUUGCAGGAGGAUGCCGAAACGAGAGAAAGCAACAACAAUACAAGAUUGCAGAAUGAGAAAUGUGGAGUACAACAGGAGAGAAUGGAAAAUACCGCUGACCAUUCCAGAUCAAACAGCAGCCCCUUCCAUCGUUCCUGCCCAAGAGCUGCAUCUUUCAGAGUUACAAAUACUGAGGUAAAAAGUCAACCAUUACAAAGAAGUGCCAGUGUGAGGAUCCCUGCCAGAACAUCCUCAGGAAGAAUCGAUGGUAUACUUGAAAAGUAUGCAAAAGCAAUUGAGAAAAGUGAUGGUGUCAAGUCAAAGCCAUCCCCUUCAGAUUAUCUGGCCCGGCCUUUGGAAGGUGUUGCAAGCAAACGCUGUGUCUUUGAGAAGGAAGACAUGCAGCAUGGCAGUCCUCGAUAUCCAGUGACCAGAAAGGUUAUCAAACCAGGGGAUGUGGCCAAUAAACGGAGUCUGUGGGAAAACAAAGCCGAAUCCUUAGAAAAGGAUCAUCAUUCUUUCAGAAAGAGCUAAAAUCAAAGAUUAACACUUCAAAAUGAAAAAACUCAAUUAUACAGAUCGGGGGACAAGCUGAAUCGUUAUGCGUAAUUCUCUUGAAGAUGAUGAAUAUCGUAACACAAGAUGGAUUAAUCGAGCUAACGCCAAUGGGAAUGAUUUUACAGCAAAACAAUAAUGUUCUCAUAAAGGAGAUUCAAAUACUUUCAGAAUUGUCAUGUAACAAGAAAAUAUGCAGUUUCUUAGGUGAUUAAAAUCAAGUUGUAAUUUAAACAAAUGUCAUUAUGGGAAUAAAUUUGGUUCAAACUUUGUAAAAUAAGAUGCUUUAAAUUUUACUCUUUUUUUAUGGUUGUAUUCAAUAUCAUGUUCAUGCCUAUUCAUUUAUUUUCCUGACAAUAAAAUGUUCAAAUGGCCACAA